AAGAGACGUGAACUAAUCCGUCUGUCAUCAUAUAGGAAGUAGAGGGGUUCGUCAGAAGAACUGUAGUUCAGAGUUCCAGCAGGACAGAAUGGAGUCCACCUUGAUCUGUGUGUUACUCUUGCUGAAUACACACAUCAACUCUGGACACUCUGAAGAUGAUGAUGGAGUGGCGAAGGCUGUUCUGACCAUACACCCCAACAGCUCCCAGAUAUUCAGUGGAGAGUCUGUCACUCUCAAAUGUGUCAUACAGGGGGGAGGAGUCACUGACUGGAAAUACACAUGGCGCAAGAAUGGUCAUUCUGACUCCUCCAGUAAGAAGAAGGAACAUGAGGUCAGUGCUGCUAAGAUUUCCGACAGUGGUGACUACAGAUGUCUGGGUUCACAUCAGCAGCAGGAUUCUAAAUGGAGUGAUGUAGUCAGACUGACAGUGACACGUCUGCCCAAAGCUACACUGACUGUAGAACCAAAUCCUGUGUUCCCUGGAGAGACAGUUACUCUGACGUGUUCAGUAGAGUCUGACAGUAUCUGGAACUAUCAGUGGUACAAAGACAGGAAUGAUAAUGUAGUAUCCCAAUCUGGCAGACACACUAUAACAGGAGACACUCUCACCAUCAAUGGAGCAACAGUGAAUGAGGGUCCCUACUGGUGUCAGGGAGAGAGAGACUCCAGACCCACUUCUUCAUCCAUCAGUGACCCUGUCACUAUCACUGUCAAUGCUCUGCCUGUGGCCUCAGUGAGUGUCUCUUCUCAGGGUCUCCUCUACUCUGGAGAGACAGUCAGUCUGCAGUGUGUCAUACCAGGCUACACAGACUGGAGGUACUACUGGUACAAAAACAACCAACACCUUCCUGAUGAGACCAGUAAAGUCAUAGAUAUCACCAUCCCCAGCACUCAGACUGGUCAGGCUGGUCAGUACAGGUGUGAAGGGAACAGAGUGUCUAGACCCACAUCUUCACUACCAAGUGAUCCUGUCACUCUCACUGUAAAAGCUCUGCCUACAGCCUUAGUGAAGAUAGUCACUCCACAGGGUCUCCUCUACCCUGGAGAGACAGUCACUCUGCGGUGUGACAUAUCAGACUACACAGACUGGACGUACCGCUGGUUCAGAAACAAUGAAGAGCUUCCCAUUCAGACCAGAAAAACCAUCACCAUCUCUCUCCCUGACCAGGCUGGUCAGUACAGGUGUGUUGGGAGGAGGAGAGAUCGGCCCCAGAAGUCAUAUCGCAGCUCAGCUCUCCCCAUCAUCAUCACUGCUCUUCCCAAAACUACUCUGACUAUAGAGCCAAACCCUGCAUUCACUGGAGAGAAAGUCACUCUGAAGUGUUCAGUGAGGUCUUACAGUAUCUGGAGCUAUAAGUGGUACAAAGACAGGAAUGAUAAUGUAGUAUCCCAGUCUGGCAGACACACUAUAACAGGAGACACUCUCACCAUCAAUGGAGCAACAGUGAAUGAGGGUCCCUACUGGUGUCAGGGAGAGAGAGACUCCAGACCCACUUCUUCAUCCAUCAGUGACCCUGUCACUAUCACUGUCAAUGCUCUGCCUGUGGCCUCAGUGAGUGUCUCUUCUCAGGGUCUCCUCUACUCUGGAGAGACAGUCAGUCUGCAGUGUGUCAUACCAGCCUACACAGACUGGAGGUACUACUGGUACAAAAACAACCAACACCUUCCUGAUGAGACCAGUAAAGUCAUAUAUAUCACCAUCCCCAUCACUCAGACUGGCCAGGCUGGUCAGUACUGGUGUGAAGGGAACAGAGUGUCUAGACCCACAUCUUCACUACCAAGUGAUCCUGUCACUCUCACUGUAAAAGCUCUGCCUGUGGCCUCAGUGAGUGUCUCUUCUCAGGGUCUCCUCUACUCUGGAGAGACAGUCAGUCUGCAGUGUGUCAUACCAGAGUACACAGACUGGAGGUACUACUGGUACAAAAACAACCAACACCUUCCUGAUGAGACCAGUAAAGUCAUAGAUAUCACCAUCCCCAUCACUCAGACUGGUCAGGCUGGUCAGUACUGGUGUGAAGGGAACAGAGUGUCUAGACCCACAUCUUCACUACCAAGUGAUCCUGUCACUCUCACUGUAAAAGCUCUGCCUACAGCCUUAGUGAAGAUAGUCACUCCACAGGGUCUCCUCUACCCUGGAGAGACAGUCACUCUGCGGUGUGACAUAUCAGACUACACAGACUGGACGUACUGCUGGUUCAGAGACAACCAUCACCUUCCCAUUCAGACCAGAAAAACCAUCACCAUCUCUCUCCCUGACCAGGCUGGUCAGUACAGGUGUGAUGGGAGGAGGAGAGAUCGGCCCCAGAAGUCAUAUCGCAGCUCAGCUCUCCCCAUCAUCAUCACUGCUCUGCCUACAGCCUUAGUGAAGAUAGUCACUCCACAGGGUCUCCUCUACCCUGGAGAGACAGUCACUCUGCGGUGUGACAUAUCAGACUACACAGACUGGACGUACCGCUGGUUCAGAGACAACCAUCACCUUCCCAUUCAGACCAGAAAAACCAUCACCAUCUCUCUCCCUGACCAGGCUGGUCAGUACAGGUGUGCUGGGAAGAGGAGAGAUCGGCCCCAGAAGUCAUGUCGCAGCUCAGCUCUCCCCAUCAUCAUCACUGCUCUUCCCAAAACUACUCUGACUAUAGAGCCAAACCCUGCAUUCACUGGAGAGAAAGUCACUCUGAAGUGUUCAGUGAGGUCUUACAGUAUCUGGAGCUAUAAGUGGUUCAAAGACAGGAAUGAUAAUGUAGUAUCCCAGUCUGGUUACAGUGACAUUGGAGUCUCUCACAUCAGUAGAGCUGAUGUAUCUGACCAGGGUCAGUACUGGUGUGAAGGGAACAGAGUGUCUAGACCCACAUCUUCACAACCAGGUGAUCCUGUCACUCUCACUGUAGAUGCUCUGCCUACAGCCUUAGUGAAGAUAGUCACUCCACAGGGUCUCCUCUACCCUGGAGAGACAGUCACUCUGCGGUGUGACAUAUCAGACUACACAGACUGGACGUACCGCUGGUUCAGAAACAAUGAAGAGCUUCCCAUUCAGACCAGAAAAACCAUCACCAUCUCUCUCCCUGACCAGGCUGGUCAGUACAGGUGUGUUGGGAGGAGGAGAGAUCGGCCCCAGAAGUCAUAUCGCAGCUCAGCUCUCCCCAUCAUCAUCACUGCUCUUCCCAAAACUACUCUGACUGUAGAGCCAAACCCUGCAUUCACUGGAGAGAAAGUCACUCUGAUGUGUUCAGUGAGGUCUGACAGUAUCUGGAGCUAUAAGUGGUUCAAAGACAGGAAUGAUAAUGUAGUAUCCCAGUCUGGUUACAGUGACAUUGGAGUCUCUCACAUCAGUAGAGCUGCUGAGUCUGACCAGGGUCAGUACUGGUGUGAAGGGAACAGAGUGUCUAGACCCACAUCUUCACAACCAGGUGAUCCUGUCACUCUCACUGUAGAAGCUCUGCCUACAGCCUUAGUGAAGAUAGCCACUCCACAGGGUCUCCUCUACCCUGGAGAGACAGUCACUCUGCGGUGUGACAUAUCAGACUACACAGACUGGACGUACCGCUGGUUCAGAAACAAUGAAGAGCUUCCCAUUCAGACCAGAAAAAACAUCACCAUCUCUCUCCCUGACCAGGCUGGUCAGUACAGGUGUGAUGGGAGGAGGAGAGAUCGGCCCCAGAUGUCAUAUUACAGCUCAGCUCUCCCCAUCAUCAUCACUGCUCUUCCCAAAACUACUCUGACUAUAGAGCCAAACCCUGCAUUCACUGGAGAGAAAGUCACUCUGAAGUGUUCAGUGAGGUCUUACAGUAUCUGGAGUUAUAAGUGGUUCAAAGACAGGAAUGAUAAUGUAGUAUCCCAGUCUGGUUACAGUGACAUUGGAGUCUCUCACAUCAGUAGAGCUGAUGUAUCUGACCAGGGUCAGUACUGGUGUGAAGGGAACAGAGUGUCUAGACCCACAUCUUCACAACCAGGUGAUCCUGUCACUCUCACUGUAGAAGAUUAUCAGCCAAAGACCACACUGACUUCAGACAAAGAGAACAUAUUCACAGGAGACAGAGUGACACUGAGAUGUACUGUAGAUUCUCCUGGAUGGAAGUUUUACUGGUACAGACACAGACCAGACUCUACACCAGUAACCACAACCUCUGGAUACUCCUACACACUCAGCUGGGUCAGUGUCUCUGAUGGAGGACAGUACUGGUGCAGAGCUGGGAGAGGAGACCCAGUCUACUACACUCUGUACAGUGACCCAGUCCAGAUAAACAUUACUGAGAGGCCUGUUGCUGUUCUGACCCUCCAACCCAACUGGACCCAGAUAUUCAUUAGAGAGACUGUCACUAUGAGAUGUGACAUACAGGGAGGAGGAGACACUGACUGGAACUACAGAUGGUAUAAGAAUAGUCCGGUAGUGACCCUCUUUAGCACAAAGACUGAGUACAGAAUCAGUCCUGUCUACAUGUCUAACAGUGGAUCAUAUACCUGUGAGGGUGUGAAGGGGAACAAGUUCUCCAAGACCAGUGAGGCUGUACAACUGACUGUGUCUGAUCAACCUCAACCUGUCCUGAGUAUCUCUCCUCAGUGGCUGAACCCUGGAGACUCAGUGAGUCUGAGCUGUGAAGUUGACAAAACGUCUGCAGGCUGGAGGUUCUCCUGGUACAGGACUGUUCCCUACAGAGCUGGGUUACCCUCCCUAUCAGACAAGUCUUACUCUCUACAACCCCUAUCUGACAAUGUGACUUGUGAAGACUCCUACACUCUGAUCCCUGCUGGUCCUACUCACACAGGAGGAUAUGUGUGUAGAGCUGGGAGAGGAGACCCAGUCUAUGAUACAUUCUACAGUGAACCUCAGUUUCUCUGGUCAGGAGAUCUGCAGCCUUCAGCGUCUCUUACAGUAAAUCCCAACACAACUCAACAUUUUACAUCAAAGUCUCUCUCACUGAUCUGUGAGCUGAAGGGGAACUCUACUGGAUGGAGACUGAAGAGACACACAGAGACAGCAUGGCGGUCAGAGUGUCCAUCUACCUGGAGAUCAAUAACAAAAUCCACCUGCACCAUCACAUCAUUGACAACAUGGCACAGUGGAGUGUUCUGGUGUGAGUCUGGAUCAGGAGAGAACAGUAAUGCUGUCAACAUCACAGUAAAUGAUGGUGAUGUGAUCCUGGAGAGUCCUGUCCAUCCUGUGACUGAAGGAGACUCUGUGACUCUGACCUGUACAUUUAGACAUCAGGGAACAAAUCCUAAACUCAAGACUGAUUUCUACAAAGAUGGAACACUCAUCAAGAAUGAGACCACAGGAGAGAUGACCAUCCCUACAGUAUCCAAGUCAGAUGAAGGAUUCUAUAAGUGUAAAUCUGAUGAAGGAGAAUCACCAGAGAGCUGGGUGACAGUGAGAGUCUCUCCAGUCGUAUCUCCUGGAUCCUCUACAUCAGUCCUAGUAUUAGUGGUUGUGGGUCUGCUUGUUGCUGGUGUUCUACUGGUCAUUCUCCUGGUCCUGCUGGUGAGAUAUCAAAACAGAAAAGGUUCCUGUUUCAACAGAAUAUUCUGGCCCCCUCAGCCCCAGAGAACCAACCAGGACCCCCAACAGGACCAAGGAUCUACCCAGGGUCAGGCUCCUGAUACUGUUUAUACAUGUCUACAUGGUGACACUAACAUCUACGACACAAUCAAUUCCUCAGACAACAAUGAUAAUGAUGUUGCUGGUGCUUCUGCUGCUGGACCAAGUCAUGUGACUUACGCCCAGAUUCAACUGAAAAAGUUGGACAAAAAAAAGAAAGAAAAGAGAAAUUAUCCUAAAGAAAAUCCAGUCUACUCUGAGGUGAAGACAGGGAAAGCCACAGCAGCAGCUGGACGUUUUGAUGUGACCUAUGCUGAGGUUGACCUCCAAAAGAGGGCCAAAGCCAAGAAGAAGAGAGAAACAGCAACCCCACCUGAGCCAGAAUCUGUCUAUUCUCUAGUGAAGCCAUACACAGCCCCCGCAGCAGCAAGACCUGUUGAUGUGACCUAUGCUGAGGUUGAUCUCCAAAAGAAGAACAAAGCCAAGAAGAAGAGAGAAAGAGCAACCCCACCAGAGGCAGAUUCAGUCUAUUCUCGAUUGAAGCCACUGAGUCUUUUAGUUGUUGUUGCUGUUGUUGUUAUCUUAUCACUCAAACCUAUUGAAAUACCCACAGAUUAUCAGCCAAAGACCACACUGACUUCAGACAAAGAGAACAUAUUCACAGGAGACAGAGUGACACUGAGAUGUACUGUAGAUUCUCCUGGAUGGAAGUUUUACUGGUACAGACACAGACCAGACUCUACACCAGUAACCACAACCUCUGGAUACUCCUACACACUCAGCUGGGUCAGUGUCUCUGAUGGAGGACAGUACUGGUGCAGAGCUGGGAGAGGAGACCCAGUCUACUACACUCUGUACAGUGACCCAGUCCAGAUAAACAUUACUGAGAGGCCUGUUGCUGUUCUGACCCUCCAACCCAACUGGACCCAGAUAUUCAUUAGAGAGACUGUCACUAUGAGAUGUGACAUACAGGGAGGAGGAGACACUGACUGGAACUACAGAUGGUAUAAGAAUAGUCCGGUAGUGACCCUCUUUAGCACAAAGACUGAGUACAGAAUCAGUCCUGUCUACAUGUCUAACAGUGGAUCAUAUACCUGUGAGGGUGUGAAGGGGAACAAGUUCUCCAAGACCAGUGAGGCUGUACAACUGACUGUGUCUGAUCAACCUCAACCUGUCCUGAGUAUCUCUCCUCAGUGGCUGAACCCUGGAGACUCAGUGAGUCUGAGCUGUGAAGUUGACAAAACGUCUGCAGGCUGGAGGUUCUCCUGGUACAGGACUGUUCCCUACAGAGCUGGGUUACCCUCCCUAUCAGACAAGUCUUACUCUCUACAACCCCUAUCUGACAAUGUGACUUGUGAAGACUCCUACACUCUGAUCCCUGCUGGUCCUACUCACACAGGAGGAUAUGUGUGUAGAGCUGGGAGAGGAGACCCAGUCUAUGAUACAUUCUACAGUGAACCUCAGUUUCUCUGGUCAGGAGAUCUGCAGCCUUCAGCGUCUCUUACAGUAAAUCCCAACACAACUCAACAUUUUACAUCAAAGUCUCUCUCACUGAUCUGUGAGCUGAAGGGGAACUCUACUGGAUGGAGACUGAAGAGACACACAGAGACAGCAUGGCGGUCAGAGUGUCCAUCUACCUGGAGAUCAAUAACAAAAUCCACCUGCACCAUCACAUCAUUGACAACAUGGCACAGUGGAGUGUUCUGGUGUGAGUCUGGAUCAGGAGAGAACAGUAAUGCUGUCAACAUCACAGUAAAUGAUGGUGAUGUGAUCCUGGAGAGUCCUGUCCAUCCUGUGACUGAAGGAGACUCUGUGACUCUGACCUGUACAUUUAGACAUCAGGGAACAAAUCCUAAACUCAAGACUGAUUUCUACAAAGAUGGAACACUCAUCAAGAAUGAGACCACAGGAGAGAUGACCAUCCCUACAGUAUCCAAGUCAGAUGAAGGAUUCUAUAAGUGUAAAUCUGAUGAAGGAGAAUCACCAGAGAGCUGGGUGACAGUGAGAGUCUCUCCAGUCGUAUCUCCUGGAUCCUCUACAUCAGUCCUAGUAUUAGUGGUUGUGGGUCUGCUUGUUGCUGGUGUUCUACUGGUCAUUCUCCUGGUCCUGCUGGUGAGAUAUCAAAACAGAAAAGGUUCCUGUUUCAACAGAAUAUUCUGGCCCCCUCAGCCCCAGAGAACCAACCAGGACCCCCAACAGGACCAAGGAUCUACCCAGGGUCAGGCUCCUGAUACUGUUUAUACAUGUCUACAUGGUGACACUAACAUCUACGACACAAUCAAUUCCUCAGACAACAAUGAUAAUGAUGUUGCUGGUGCUUCUGCUGCUGGACCAAGUCAUGUGACUUACGCCCAGAUUCAACUGAAAAAGUUGGACAAAAAAAAGAAAGAAAAGAGAAAUUAUCCUAAAGAAAAUCCAGUCUACUCUGAGGUGAAGACAGGGAAAGCCACAGCAGCAGCUGGACGUUUUGAUGUGACCUAUGCUGAGGUUGACCUCCAAAAGAGGGCCAAAGCCAAGAAGAAGAGAGAAACAGCAACCCCACCUGAGCCAGAAUCUGUCUAUUCUCUAGUGAAGCCAUACACAGCCCCCGCAGCAGCAAGACCUGUUGAUGUGACCUAUGCUGAGGUUGAUCUCCAAAAGAAGAACAAAGCCAAGAAGAAGAGAGAAAGAGCAACCCCACCAGAGGCAGAUUCAGUCUAUUCUCGAUUGAAGCCACGCUAAUGCCCCGGUCCUUGAGGGAGAUGGAGGGACACUUCAUCAGAGGAGGAGCAGGAUAAACCUGGGAAUAUGGAUUAUGCACACACACACACACGCAAGCGCACCCAAGCGCAAGCGCACCCACGCAAGCGCCCUCACACAUACACUUACACAUACACUUACACAUACACUUACACAUACACUUUAUAUGUAUAUAUAACAACAUCUAUAUUUGAUUUAAUAUUGUUUUUUGUGUAUAACUGCAACAGCUUUUAAACAAUGAUAUGUUGUUAUGGAUAUUAUCUGCACCUACAGUAAUUGUAUAAAAAAAAUAAUUAAGUAUACAUUUUGACAGUAAUGAAACUGGAAGGGAUGAUAGAUGAUCAGGGAAGCAGAUCUGAUGACACCGAGGUCUGAGGAAGCAUUGACGGUCUGAUGAUCCUAUGAACAGAGGGAGCCGCUCAGAGUAGAAAGACAGUCAGGGUCCGUAGCCUCAGCAGCACACCAUACUGGUGAUGCUUAGCUUAGCUGGCUAGCCACUCCUCUCCACUAACUCUAUGUAGCACCCACUUGGGUGAUGCUAUUAUGCUGCCACAAAGAUGCUGGAAGAAUAACAUUAGCAGUUAGAGUAUCUUAUCCACUAGUCCCAGCCAUCUCCUCAUGCAGUCCUCUCACUUCUUCUGCUUUUCUCCAGUGUUAUGACAUUCUAGUCCAUUCAUAUACACACAGUCUCCAAAGCUAGCUUGUUAGAUAGCAAUUGAGCCAAAACUGGCAAAUUCGAACUUUAAAAUCAUUAUUGAUGACCAAUUAAUUAUGGAUUCUAAAUUACCAAUCAAAAAACUAAAAGCUGAAAAAUGGCCAUACAAAAAAACGUAAAGGCCCAGUGCCGUCAAAAAAUGUGAUUUCCUGUGUUGUGUAUAUACACUGAGUUAGGAAUUACUGCCUAAUAUUCAGUUUGCCCCUUCCCACUCAGACCACUCCCAGACAUUCAUAGCAUCAUUCUUGUUUUACAAAUUGCUCUUUGCUUAGAAACUAUUUUUUAUUUUUUAUUUUACCACAAUCACAGUAAGAUUCUUACUUGUUACCCAGAAAUGAUUUGAUAUUGAGAUAAAAGUGACUGCAUUGGACCUUUAAAAACCACUAAAUAUGAUUAAAUGUGCAAAACAUUUAUGAGAACGAUCAUCCAUGGCUUCCAUAGCGGCACCAUCAUGGCUAUUUUAUAUUUAUUGUUUAUGUUGUCAAUGUCUGAAAUGUAUUAUCUUUGAUUCAUUUUUCUGUCAUUCCAUGAUAUAAUAACAUAUUUCUUUGUGAUUUUUACAGAAUACUUUCAGUAUUAUACAUGUUUUUCUAUUCAACUGUACUUUUUGAAUAUCUUUGCAUUGCGCUUUUUUAAUAAACUUCAGUUUUUCAUCCACAAGAUAGAA